AUGACGAGCCCCACCGAUCUGCACGAAGUCUGCCAGAACGAGCCGGGAUGCUGCCAACUUUCGCACGCGAGGGCUGAAUCCAUCAGACUAAAAAAAAAAAAAAAAAAAAAAGAUACCCAUGGUUGUGUGGCCUUUACAUACAUGCAGGCAUGGCAUUACUCUGAUAAGGCCUCUCAAUGGCCCUCGCUUGAGCGGCCAGGGCCAAAAAGGGCCACCGAUGAAGAAAGGUCUCUAUACUAA